AUUUCUCUCCAAUGUAUUUGUGUAUUUGUGAUUGAUAUAAAAUUUCCUUGCGGGGAAUAAAAAAAAAAAAAUUUCGAAACAAAACCAAACGUCUAACUUACACUUUAGAAAGGAAAAAUGAGAAAAAGAAAAAGGAGUUGACAGGUUUUCUUUCUGAGGUGGCAAGCUUUAAAUGGAAUAGUUUUCUGCUCUCUUCACUGCAAACAAAUGCAGCCACCUACUCUUUUCUCCUGCUUUCCCAUUUCUCUCUAAAAACAUCCCCAGUUGGCCGCUGUUGAUCCACCGCCGCAGCAAAGUUUCCUCCGCCUGCAAGCAACGCAUCCGCCACCGCUCCAAGGUCUCCCGAUCGCCGUCCCCUCCACGCGGAACGACAGCUGCUUUGUCGUUUCUCUCUCUAGGUUACUAAUUUCCCCUACUGUAAACAACAAUGUACUUUCCGAACCUCAACCCGAAAGCCCUAAUUCACUUCGGGCAAUGCUCAUUCUGAAAUUCCUCCUGAUUACUAUACUUUCAAAACCCUAGCUCUAUUGAGUCCAUAAUGUCUGGACCGCCGAAGGUUAAACCCACGAAUUUCUCGGAACUGGAGGCUCGACCGGUUCUCGGACCGGCCGGGAAUAAACCCGGCCCCGUCGAGUUGCGGAAGCCGGCCCUCAAGCUCAAGUGCGAGAAGACAGAGCAGACGCCUGUCGAGGCGCCAGCUGCUGAUGGGGCCAAGGGGAACAAGUCUCCGGUGGCGUUCCCAGAGAAAAUACCUUCAUCGGCGGGUUUCAGGAGGAACUCAAGCAGUGCAGGCUCGAUUCUGAGCCAACGGCCGCCGAACUUGUCCCUGAACGCCUCAUGCUCCUCAGAUGCCUCCUCUGAUUCUACACGCAGCAGGGCCUCCACAGGGACUAUUGCCCGCCGGACCAUGAAUCUGGCACCACCUGUAAAGAAGAAGCAGCAGGGCAGCUUGAAAGGAAAGAGGGUCGAGAGUGUGGAAGGUAAUGGAAAAUGUGUGGGGAGCGAGUGUGAUGGUUAUGCGGAGGAUGGUGCUCUGGUCAAGAAAAGGUGUGCUUGGGUGACCUCGAAUACUGAUCCAUUGUAUGCUGCUUUCCAUGAUGAAGAAUGGGGGCUUCCUGUGCAUGAUGACAAGAAGCUAUUUGAGUUGCUAAGCUUUUCCACAGCAUUGGCUGAACUUACAUGGCCCGUUAUUCUCAGCAAAAGGACCCUUUUCAGAGAUGUUUUCCUGGACUUUGACCCAUUAGCCUUGUCGAAUUUCAAUGACAAAAAAUUGACUGCCUCUGGAAGUCCUGCCAGCUCUCUUCUGUCUGAACUGAAGCUGCGAUCAAUUGUUGAAAAUGCACGUCAAGUCUGUAAGAUAAUAGACGAGCAUGGUUCAUUCGACAAAUACAUUUGGGGUUUUGUGAACUACAAACCCAUCGUUAGCAACUUCCGCUACGCUCGUCAAGUCCCGAUCAAAACAUCUAAAGCAGACACCAUAAGCAAAGACCUCAUCAGGAGAGGCUUCCGAGGGGUGGGGCCCACGGUGGUGUACUCAUUCAUGCAGGCCGUUGGGCUUACAAAUGAUCACCUCGUCAACUGUUUCAGACAUCGGGAAUGCGUAAUUGCGGCCGACUUGAAGGAGAAAGAAGCAAAGAUUGAGGUGGGCCCACAUGAGGAUCUUGAAAGAUUAGCCGGAGAUAUUGAUGACGUGAAUCUCUCCAGGUAGAAACUGCUUU